AUGACGGAUCGUCGUCCUCAGUUUUUUGAGGAGUUGUUGAUCGAGAUCAAGGAUAAUGGACCGAGUUGUUCUUACGUACGCGCUGUGCACGAUUAUCUAAAAGGAACAGACGCGACUUUUGCGUCUUUUGAUCAUUUAAACGCGUGCAGAUGCUUGAUGCGUUUGUGCGUGAAGGACGAAGCGUGCGCGAGCGAGGUGUUUGAAUCGGACGAGAUUUGCGAGUAUUUAAGGCAAGGAUUACGCGAGAGAGAGGAUGUGGUGAGAUGUAAAAAUACCUUGUACGUGAUGAUCAACGCGAUGCAAUGCGCGACGAAGUUUGUGAAAACGCAUAUCGUUGAGGUAAUUGUGAUGGACCCGCAUUUUAAGGAUUUGCCGAGGACUGUGCCGGCGGUGCGCCCGGUGUUGGCAAAACUCAUCGCACUGAGUAUGCGUAGCGCAGAAUUUGUAAAUAAGCAACGCGAUUACGAAGCUGAGGGUAGAUGCUUACAUUUAGUGAACAGCUAUGACUUUGUUCAACACUUCUUCGGCGCUUUACUUCUAUGGACGCGCGAAUGGACUUUGGAAGAAGAGGACGAGGCGCGCGCGGACGUUGAGUGUAUUUUCGAGCGCGUGGUUGAUGCGGAAUACUUCCCGACAAUGUUUCGGAACCUGCACGAAAAACAGGAGGCAAACGCUCGAAGGAAGGAAGUGUUAUUGCGAGAAUACUUGUUUAAAGACUUCGGGGGGGAUGCGACGGCUUGUUUUGCCAAAGUCGAAAAGAUGGUACCGGUGUUGUUUUGCGACGCGCAAUCGACUCUGUUGCACUUCUUGGGGAGACUUUCGGUUAAAGCACGCCGCUUUGAUGGUAAAACGGUAAACGACAAACACCCGUACGUGUUGCCAGAAUCCGUGAUGGCGUUCCUUUUGGAUACGACGAGGGAAGCUGCGAAAGCGUGCAAAAAGUAUGCAAAAAACGACGAUGCGGGGUUCGCCGAGCGAAACGUCUUGCGCGAGUGUUUGUUUACCUUGCGUUCGAUUUCCGAGAUUGAGUCUACACCGCAUGUUCCGGAUACGGUUGGGUUCUUAGCUGGAACUGGACUCGCUCGUCUUCUCGUUGGGAUGAUUAUUGCGUUAGAUCCGCCCUCGGGAAGCCGCCAAUCGAUGAAGGCGAAAGGACCAGCCAAGGCUGAAGAGAUACCUAAAUUCCCAAUCGACGACCAAGCGUUUGGAGGUCAAAAUUUCGUACGCGACAACUUUCCGACGGUGAAACCGUACAACGGAUAUCGCGUCGACAUCAUAGCCACGUUAGCGAACGCCUCCCACAGACGUCCGAGAGUGUGUGAAGACGUUCGAAAACUUGGCGGCGUUGCCGUCGUGUUAUCGCACACUCGAGGCGAGGAAGGUGACGACGGCGCCAUGGACGGAUGCGAAGAGGAACCUUUCUUGCGCGAGUGGGCGUUGUGGGGUACGCGAAAUUUGUGCGAGGCAGACGAUGUGAUACGGAAAGAAAUCGAAGUUUUAGCGCCGGAAAAGAUCCUAGAGGCUGAGGAGUUGAUGAAGCGAGGGUUAAGAGCCGAGUUGAAUCCGGAAACUGGGAAGCCGAGAGUGGUUUCGAUAGAGAAAUCGAGUAAAGUCGAGAUGGAAACGGUGAGCGCGCUUGGAGGAGGUCCGAUGGCGACGCGAAGGACAAAAAAAGUUCGCCACGUGGAAACGCAAAAGAAUGAAGAUGACAGGAAAGAAGUAAGAGCAGAAGAAGAAGAGUUUCAGAUUCCAAAGAAUUGGAAAGUCGCCGAGCUUUAA